AGAAAUCACACGCUUACACUAUCAAAUACAACAUCAUAAAAGAAUGUCUCCUGAACCAAAAAGACAAUAAAGCCUCAUAUGGGCUGAAAUAUUAACAAUAGAAAAUGAGGAGGCUUUUUAUUUUUUUAUUUUCUAUUCGGAAAUAAACAGUGGCAAAAUUGUAAAAUCAACUGAAGGAAAGCCACAUAAGAAGCCUUACAUCAUUCCAUAAAGAGUAGUAAAUGUUUGUGCGUUUCAUAUGAGGCUAAAAAUAAUUAAAAUUUAUGCAUAUCUUCGAGUUGCGUAUAUAAACAGUCCAAAAAAUUCAAUUCUUUUUAUUUUAUUCUUUACUCUUUCUAACAUGUUCAACAAGUCUAUUAUCUUCUUCUUCUUCUUUGUCUUGACUUUUGUCAACGCCAUUGUUAUCAACCCCAAGAUCACUUCACCUACUACUGGCACUAAAUGGAGAGCUGGUGGCACUUUUACUGUCAAGUGGGAAACUACUUAUUUCGAUGGUUCUUCUAAUGUCCCUAUCCCUGAUACUCAAAAUGGUAGAAUUAUGUUGGGUUACCUUGAAAAUAAUGACCCUUAUAAUGAACACCUCAAGUGGACUUUGGCUACUAACUUUCCCUUAAAUUCUGGUGCUCAACAAAUCACUUUACCUUCUGACCUUUCCACCAGAACUUCUUACAUUAUUGUCCUCAUGGGUGAUUCCGGUAAUGCUUCUAACAAAUUCACUAUUCAAGCUGCCAAGUAAAAGACCAACGAAACAGAAUAACAGAAAAAAAAAUUGUAAAUUUUUGUAUUAUAUCCCUUUCCUUUCAUUCUGUAUACAUAUUCCUUUUUUUUUCUAUUAAUAAAGCAUUUUCUUAUCCAAAAUAA